GGUGAUCCGCAGAAGGGGGAUGGCCGUGUUGGAAGCUCGUACCUGGCAACCUCAGGACCCAGCCCAGCACUGUAAACAAGCGGCGGACUCUCAGCGGUCCGCGCAAGCUGCAAGACUCCGCGUUUCUUUCUGUCAAAAAAAGUUGCAGUUCGCUCGAAACCCGCCCUUUGAUGUGAAUACCGACCCAUGGACCAGCUCAGAGUCUGCUUCACCCCACAAUCACGUUUAGGAGUAGAUCAUGAAUGACAAACUCGUCUUCCUGGGCCUGCUGUACUUUGUCCAGGGUAUUCCCUAUGGUCUCCAGUCUUCUCUGCUUCCUGUGUACCUGCGUGGAGCCGGCCACUCUCUCACACGCAUUGGUUUCACCAAGAUCCUCUACUUUCCCUGGGUGCUGAAGGUACUCUGGGCCCCUUUGGUGGACCGAGUGGGAACCAAACGUCGCUGGCUGGUGGGGACGGUGUCUGGGCUGGCGUUGACAUGCCUCUCCAGUGCUGCCCUGGCUCCAGAGGCACACAUCUGGGGUGUGGCUGGGACUCUGCUGGCCAUGAACACCUUCGCCUCUGUCCAAGAUAUUGCUGUAGACGGGGCUGCCGUUGGGCUGUUGAAAGGACGCGGGGAGCUGGGACUGGGCAAUACGGCCCAGGUUGUGGGAUAUAAGGCUGGAUCAGUGUUUGCUGGUGGUGGGCUCCUCGCUGUGAUUGAUGUGGCUGGAUGGAGCUGGAUGUUUAUGCUCCUGACAUUCGUGUAUGCAGGCGUGGCUCUGUUUGUGUGGGGGGCUCCUGUGCUGGACGAUGAGAGCAUAAAGCAGGCAGAUGGCAGCAGGAGGGGUGGGCAGGGAGCAGAGGCUAUGAGGCCAUGGAGGGUAUGGAGGAAGCUGAUGGCAGUGCCCGGCACACCUUGGACAAUCCUGUAUGUGCUCACAUACAAACUUGGUGAGCAGGGUGCUGUGACCAUGUUUCCUCUUUUCCUCCUGGAUCACCACAUGACAGCCAGAGAGCUCAGCUUCUGGAACGGCGUCGUCGCUAUGGGCUUCUCCAUCUGUGGCUCAUCCCUCGGAGGCCUGCUGCUCGCCCAGUUCAGCAUCGGGGCGAUGAUGCGACGGGUGUUUGUGCUGCGCACCAUCAGCAUGGUCUUCCAGAGUUCUUUGCUCACUGUACUGGAACCAUCGCCGCUCAUGAAAGGAAUGGCGGUCCUGAGCAUGAGCGUUCAGCACUUCCUGGGUGGUCUCAUCACCACGCUCACCUUCACUACCAUGAUGCAUUGCACUCAGAGGGCCGAGGAAAGCAUACAGGCGACCCACUACAGUUUCCUGGCUACUCUGGAGGUUCUGGGGAAGCUGAUGUUCAGCGCUUUGGCCGGAGGAGUGGUGGACUGGUGUGGUUUCCAAGUGGCCUUCCUCUUCUUCCUCACCCUGUCGGCUGGAACGGCCCUGCACGUGUGGACGGCCACCUUCACCGGCGCUCUCAGGGAGAAUCAGCUCAAAGAGCAGCCCAAAUGAGAAACGUCUUAAACGUUUACAUUCAGGGCAAGGUACAUUAAUAAUGGACCACUGGAGCUCGACUAUGAAUAUUAAGGAAACAAACUUUGUAGAGUCGUGAAUCAAGAUUAGCAAAGUUAUUUCAUAUAUCAACAGUCUUAAAUAAGUAUCUGCCAUUCUUUAAUGGAGAAAAAAAAAAGCUUUCCUUUAAUCACUCUGUGACUGACUGCUCUUUUGUCAUAUUUCACAGGUAGCGAUGGCCUUAUGUUUUAUUUAUUUUGCUUUGAACAUAUCUCAAAUAGUCUUAAAAAGCGUAGUUAGGUGGUGAACCUUCGGGGUACAGUGUACAUCUUAAAUAUGGUGGAACUCAAACUGGCUUGAUGAAAGAUGUUUCAUUGUGCUUGGUAGAGAUAAAAUAUAUUGAAAGUUUCAUAGUAGCUUAAAUUAAAGGGAAAUAUAAUCAAAGCUUAUCAUCUGAGCCAGUUUCAUAUUGUUAUACGUCAGCAAUAAGAGCUGUAGCCAAAAGCAAUAGUGCUACUUUAUUUUCUUAUACUGUACUGUGUGUGAGUGUGUAUAUAUCAGCUCUUUAAUCUCUGCUACCUCGUAUCACCACUGUAAGGUACGACAAAUACACAGAACAUAAAGAAACUGCAUAAACCCAGAGUGCACACACAGAUAUCUCAUCAUGUCUUAGCUAAAACAAAACGUGAUUGUAGUUUGUCUUCAGAAAGAGAAUAAAAGUGCAAAUUUAGCUCUUAAGCAAAGGGCUUUUUUCACGUAUCGUAAACCAUACAUUGUCAACCGUUCUGUUGUAAAUUUGUGGGAAACAUCUGCCUUACACACUGCAUGGUGCCAUCUAGUCUUAUUGGUUUGACCAGACUCAAUAAGAAAGUCUGCUUUCAGAAAGAAACUUGAAUGACCAGACUUACCAAAAUCGCACUGCAUUACUGAUUUAGUUUCUUUUAUUUUCCGUUUUUAAACAUGUUUAAUGCACAAUAACUAAUAAUAGCUUCCCUUGCUGCUGUAGAGCAUAACUUGUUCCCUUAAGUCUUAGAUUUAAACAGGUUCAUCCCAGCAGGUUCUGUAAGAACUCAGUGAAAUCCUGUAAGUAGGCUUUGCUAAAGGAAACAUUGGCCACUUGAUUGCUUUCACAUCAUGUGAAAAAGACGAUGACAUUACAUAUCUAAUUAUGUAGCCAUUUGUGGAACAUGAGAGGCAAAGGAAAUCUUUGAAAUUUGCACAAAAAUAAAGCUGCUGGGGACAUUUCUAAA